UUCUUCAUUCAGGCUAGUUAACUCCAGUCGAAGACAACUUGUUUUUCUGUUCCUCUCAUCUGGUUUUAGACUGAGUCAGAUUUGCCGAUUUCAGUAUGCGUUGGUUCCUUUUACUAGGCCUCGUGUGCGUGGCCAAAGCCAACUUGAUUGUUCCAGCUUGCGAGGAUCCAGGAGAAAUCGACAAUGGCAACAAGCAAGGAACCAGCUUCUUUAUAGGCGACAAAGUGACGUACAGUUGUAAUGCAAACUACCGGAUGGACGGCAAAGCUGAAUUGACCUGUUCCGAAGUCGCUAAAUUGACAUUCGAAUUCCAACCAAAAAAGCCGUCAUGCGAACUCUUAUCAUGUGGCGACGCACCUGUUGUAGAGAACGGAGUGGGAAAACCAAGCGCCACGCCCUCUGUUCCUGGUAGUACUGCAUGGUAUGAUUGCGAUGAUGGCUACAGGAGGGAUGGGCCAGGAGACAUUAGCUGUCAAGAUGACGAAACGUGGCAGACGGCACCAACAUGUAUCCAAAAAACAUGUGGCGACAUCGAUGUUGUAGUUAAUGGAGCCUACGCGGCUGAUACCAUUCCUGCCACUCCCGGAACCCAGGCAACUCUUUCGUGUGAUGCUGGAUACGAAGCAGUUAACUCAAGCCCCAUUGACUGUGAAGCAACUGACGGAGGUAAUGGCGAUCCAUCAUGGACAGGUGUAAGCUCUUGCCGAUUCUUAUCAUGUGGCGACGCACCUGUUGUAGAGAACGGAGUGGGAAAACCAAGCGCCACGCCCUCUGUUCCUGGUAGUACUGCAUGGUAUGAUUGCGAUGAUGGCUACAGGAGGGAUGGGCCAGGAGACAUUAGCUGUCAAGAUGACGAAACGUGGCAGACGGCACCAACAUGUAUCCAAAAAACAUGUGGCGACAUCGAUGUUGUAGUUAAUGGAGCCUACGCGGCUGAUACCAUUCCUGCCACUCCGGGAACCCAGGCAACUCUUUCGUGUGAUGCUGGAUACGAAGCAGUUGACUCAAGCCCCAUUGACUGUGAAGCAACUGACGGAGGUGAAGGCGACCCAUCAUGGACAACUUUGAGUUCUUGCGAAGAAAAAACAUGUGGCGACAUCGGUGUUGUAGUUAAUGGAGCCUACGCGGCUGAUAACGAUCCUGCCACUGCCGGAACCACAGCAACUCUCACAUGUGAGCCUGGAUACGAAGCAGCUGACUCAACCCCCAUUGACUGUAAAGAAACUAACGGAGGUGAAGGCGACCCAUCAUGGACAACUUUGAGUUCUUGCGAAGAAAAAACAUGUGGCGACAUCGGUGUUGUAGUUAAUGGAGCCUACGCGGCUGAUAACGAUCCUGCCACUGCCGGAACCACAGCAACUCUCACAUGUGAGCCUGGAUACGAAGCAGCUGACUCAACCCCCAUUGACUGUAAAGAAACUAACGGAGGUGAAGGCGACCCAUCAUGGACAACUUUGAGUUCUUGCGAAGAAAAAACAUGUGGCGACAUCGGUGUUGUAGUUAAUGGAGCCUACGCGGCUGAUAACGAUCCUGCCACUGCCGGAACCACAGCAACUCUCACAUGUGAGCCUGGAUACGAAGCAGCUGACUCAACCCCCAUUGACUGUAAAGAAACUAACGGAGGUGAAGGCGACCCAUCAUGGACAACUUUGAGUUCUUGCGAAGAAAAAACAUGUGGCGACAUCGGUGUUGUAGUUAAUGGAGCCUACGCGGCUGAUAACGAUCCUGCCACUGCCGGAACCACAGCAACUCUCACAUGUGAGCCUGGAUACGAAGCAGCUGACUCAACCCCCAUUGACUGUAAAGAAACUAACGGAGGUGAAGGCGACCCAUCAUGGACAACUUUGAGUUCUUGCGAAGAAAAAACAUGUGGCGACAUCGGUGUUGUAGUUAAUGGAGCCUACGCGGCUGAUAACGAUCCUGCCACUGCCGGAACCACAGCAACUCUCACAUGUGAGCCUGGAUACGAAGCAGUUGACUCAACCCCCAUUGACUGUAAAGAAACUAACGGAGGUGAAGGCGACCCAUCAUGGACAACUUUGAGUUCUUGCGAAGAUAAAACAUGCCCCGCCUUCGAAGCGCAAGAAGAUAUCACAAUAAAUCUUGCUGCUGGUGAAAAUUACCGUGAGAUCAACAUUUUUGCGAUGACAGCCACCGACGAGGGCAGUGGACUACGUGAUGUUAUCUGUACUCCUGAGCCUGGGACAUACCCCGCAGGAGCAGGGCCGUGUGUUGUCUCGUGUACGGCUACAGAUAACGCAGGCAAUUCCUGCGAUGGAUCUUACACUAUCAAUCUUGUAAAAGCCGCGGUCAAGUCAUGUGGGGUUCCACCUCAAGUUGAUAAUGGAAAGGUAAAGGCAAGCGCUGAACCCUCUAUUGCUGGAAGUACUACUGCAUGGUAUGAUUGCAAUGACGGCUACAAGUUGGAAGGACUAAAUGACAUUGAAUGUCAAGAUGAUGCAACAUGGCAGGAGGCACCAGAAUGCAUCGCUGUAGCUGAGUGUCCCCUGGGAUUUAUCAGGGACGGACCAUCAGGCAGAUGUUUCAAGCUGGUAACUGACCAAUCCUUCUUCGACGCUGCUUGCAAGAGAUGCAAGGCCGAAGGCGGGUUCCUAGCCCUGGCUUCAACCACGGAACAGGCUCAAGAAGUGACAGCAUUCCUCUCAGCUCAACAGAGAUCUGCCAAUCAUUGGAUCAACCUUAACCAACUCUGUGGUUCGUGGCAGACAACUGAAUUCGCCGAAGCCAGCUCUUCAAUUACCUGGCGCAACAACAACAACGCUGAUUGUGCUGCUUCCAACAGGAGUGGAUUGGCACAAAUCUGCUGCUGGAAGAGACUUCCAGCUGUUUGCGAAGCUUCAUAGAUACCAUCUACUGGAGGUUGCUGUGCAUUACCUGUAUUGGUCCCACUUCUGAUUCAACAAAUUAUCAAUCUUUAAUAGAUGCAUCAUAAGAAAUAAACCACAAUUAUGAAUUGUCUUCCUCAUCAUGAAUGUAUAAGGUACUCUACCAGAUGAAUAGUUUUCAAAACUUGUAUCUCUUAAUCCCUAAAACACAAGAGCGUCAUGAAGCUCGAUAUUGUAGUGGUUCUGACAGUGGUUUUCAAUACCACCUCGAACGUAUGUUUCACUCUCCUGAGUUGUCUAGUAUAACUAUUUCAAUUUUAACAAUCCAGCACAUGUACAGCAACAAUUACACUUGCAUUCCAGGACAAGAUACGUCUUGAAUUAUCUUCUUUUCAACUGGAAAACCUUGCUAAAUCUUAUGAAACAUUUAUGUCUAGAGGAUUCCAUGCAUUGUUUACCAGCCUUUAUCUUCAUUAAUGUAAUCACUCUUAACUAUUAACAAAUCUUUUGGACAUUGACAUGCCACUACGUGUAUUAAUUUGUCAAAAGAUAAUUGGUUCUUUGGGAGACUCUACUUUAUUUCAAAUUAAAGCUGCUGCUAUUAACUCUUAACUAACUUAACUUGUAUCUAUCAUAAUGGUAUUGUUUAAUCUUUCUUUACAUGUUAAUGUAAUCACUCUUAACUAAAAAAAAAAUCUUUUGGAAAUUGACAUGCCACUACAUGUAUUAAUUUGUCAAAAUUUAAUUGGUUCUUUGGGGAACUCUACUUUAUUUCAAAUUAAAGCUGCUGCUAUUAACUCUCAACUCAGUUAACUUGUAUCUAUCAUAAUGGUAUUGUUUAAUCUUUCUUUACAUGUUAAUGUAAUCACUCUUAACUUAAAAAAAUCUUUUAGAAAUUGACAUGCCACUACAUGUAUGAAUUUGUCAAAAGAUAAUUGGUACUUUGGGGGACUCUACUUGAUUUCAAAUUAAAGCUGCUGCUAUUAACUCUCAACUCAGUUAACUUGUA